CUUCGCAAUCCAGGGUGAAAACUAAAAAAUUCCCGGGACGACCAAUAGAAACAGGUCGGCGGUGGUGACUGGCGAGAGUUGAUGGACGAUCUGCUCGUCCAUCACCCCGAGGCGGACCCCGUUCACCAAACGAGAUUAAUAGAGAUCCGCCGUUGUCAGAGAGCCGGACGUCUCUCAGUCGGCCACAGUCAGUCUUCUCGCAGAUUGCAAACCGCGUGGGUAGCACGAUCUGAUCGCGAUCGAUCUAUCUCGAUCCCGAUCCGUCCGGGUACAAUUUAAAUUCGCACGUGACAAAAGAGAAAGAAACGAAAGUAUCGCGUCAAUUUCCUUUCUAAUACGUUUCUAGUCAUCCGAAUUCGCGAUGAGAUUGUUAUAAGAGAUCGAUUAUCGUGGACACCACUGACAGUCUCGUUCCUAUCAUCGAUAUCGGCGUAUAUCUUUCGGCGCUGUAAAGAUCGCAGUCCUAAUCUCCUGGGAAUCUCACUUCCGAACGAUACACGCAUUCAUUCGCUCGAUAUCAAAAUGCGCAUGCAAAGCACAAUGGGACGGUGGGCAGUCCUUGCCGUAGUUUGCGUGGCUAAUUUACGAUUAGCUUUCUGCGAGAAGGAAUUGGGAAGCGAAAAGAAGGUAUCCUCCGAGGAAUCGCGACAACACUCUUGUUGCGCCCGGCACGAAAAGAUGAUCGACGUCGGAUACGGAAUAUCCGGAGAAACUAUCCAAAUCGACGCUGGGCACUGCCGAAAAUUAUGCCCGCGACACGUGUCCGACGAUCCCGGGGAUGCGAGUCGUCCAGCAGUACAGAAAUGCUCAUCGGAUUCCCGUUGUCGUGCGAGGGCCGCCAAAUUGGAGAGAGUGUCGACGUUGCAGGGUGUUCGCGUCAUCGAAGCUAUAGAUGCCUGCGAGUGUUUGCCGGAAACAUUCUGCAAACGAGAAUCCUACAUCCAUCUCGUGCAUUCCGGCACACCGCACCAGACCGUUGUAGAUACCGGAGUUUGCAUCGGUCAUUGCGACAAAGAUCUUGGUUGCAAGCCGGUGCGAAAUAAUACAAUCAGCGUCAAAGGGCCAAAUGGUGAUGAAAUCUACCAAGUGGUGGAGAAAUGCGGCUGCGCCGGUAAUUGUCAUCGAAUGGACCAUAUGGAGACUGUGUUGGAUUACAGCGAAGUAACGAUCAAAGAGGGCACAAAUACAACCGAUGUGAGACCCGUUGUCCGACAAAUAAAUGUCGGACAAUGCGUCGGAACAUGUCCGGGAAACGAGACGGAAACAUGCCUUUUGCGUGAUAAAAAAGAGCCAUAUAGAUGUCUAGCUGGUCUAUAUUCGAAGCAACAUACCUGUACACCAACCACAUUUAAGGUGCACGAGUACAGAACCCGACGAGGUGCGAAGAGAGAAAUAAUUCAGAUCACUCAAUGUGCCUGCAUCUAAAUUGAAAUUACAGCAGUCAGUCAUGUUCAAAUCGAAUCAAGGACGAGAAAGAGAGAAAUAUAUACGAUGGUGUGUUAGAUAUAUAAUACUUUGCACACUCAUGUUCCUAAGUGCAUUAUGUACUAAUCUAUCAUGGCUAAAUAAAUCAACAAUAUUUUCUUCAA